AUUUAUUGACAAAAGGUGGGGCCACUCAUUAGUGACCAAUUACUCCCGUUGCCAUGGGCAGUCCACAGCGAAACCUUGCACGAGAUUCCCCUUCUCAGCUAAUAUAACAGCUGAUUUUACGUAUGUCUAAGCAUCCUGAAUUUAAUGUGUGAUAUCUAUUCCGUCUUUUCCUCAGCUCACAAUUGGAGGCAUUAGGAGCAUACUCGUAUUCUCUUCACACUAUGGCCUCGAACAUGAGUGAUCCGCUGGCAGGACUUAUCCCUCCCCCAAAUGAGGUCAACAACGCCCACAAAGUACAUUCUGUCGCCAUUUCUUGCAUUUUAUUGUGCGUUAUCGCCAGUCUGACAGUAUUCGCCCGCCUAUCCGUGAGAAUCUCGAGCGAAAGAUUAGGCUUUGAUGACUAUGCCAUUAUUCCUGGAACGGUAAAGAAACCCAGCUUCUCUUCCUAUUCCUUCACUAACCACUGAGUUUGAGUAGUUACUGUUCAUCGGCUGGACAGUUCUGGCUGCCUAUGUGAACCUCAAUGCUGGAGUUGGGAAACCGCUAUGGGAGAUCACAAUUGCUGAGUAUUCGCUGUGGUACAAAGUAGGCCGCGCUCUUUCUUUGUUUUGCUUAAGAUUGAUUUUGCUCAAGAACUUAACUAUCGUUAGGGAGUCGUUGUCUCCAUGUGGUUGUAUCCGAUCAUGUCGGCAGCGAUCCGGGUGUCAAUUCUGUGUUUUUACUACCGAAUCUUCGUAACUGGAAACUCGAAACUGAAACUACCCCUACAAAUCCUUCUGGCGACUCAAUUUCUCUAUAUUUUUGUUUUCUCAAUCACUCCAGCCUUUGUGUGCAAACCUUACCAUUUUGCCUGGGAUCCGCUAAAGCAUGUACUGCAUUGCGAUGACUGGUACUAUUACCGCACCCAAGUAGGGCUGUACAGCGUUAGUAUUGCGCUCGAUGCGAUUCUGUUCGCGCUGCCUAUAGUACCACUUUGGAAGCUUAAAAUGCCAACGAAAAAACGCAUUGGGCUGAUUGUAAUAUUUUUGCUCGGCGCCAGGUAAGUACGACGUUUCAGUUAACACUUUCAAAUAGCAAAGUACUGACAUUUGAUUGAAGUUCAUGCAUCGCAGCUUCAUACAAACUCGGUAUAUUCGUGAACCAGAUGCACUUCUACGUGCCCACAAACGCGACGUGUAAGUUCGAUUUUCUUCCUACCCUCGAUUUCACCCAGACUAACACCUUCGAGGGCUUCAACACAUGAUGUCCCGAUUUAUUCCCGGUCAGUGGGACAAGUAUGGAUUGACCUUCUGGAUCCCAAGUCAGGUCGAGCCGACUGUUGCGCUCAUUGGAACUUCCCUUCCAGCAUUGGGGAACCUGUGGACACAAACCUCACAGCAGAUCUCGGAGCGUUGGAGCAAACUCACCACCUUGAGUGGUUCGAAAACGAGCAAAGAACAAAACAGCGGUGGUUCACACAACAAAGCGUGGGCUAGCGCUGGAAAGUUUGGAUUUCGUGGUCUUGCUGGUUCCGAAGUGGAACUAGUCCAGGGCACGAAUUCUAAUUUCAAGCCAACGAGUACAGUAAAGGCGUGAAGUUUCGGUUUUGGAGUGUUGCUCCAUGUGAUUCCUCGCUUCUCAUGUAAGUCACGCCGGUCCCCUUUUGUAUUCGAAUUGACCUUUACUUAUUUUAGUAUCAGGGGUUCAGAAGCAAGAUUCAGCAUAUCACGAGGCUCAUUCGUGCUCUACGUGUCGA